GAUUACUAAUACAUUGGACUAAACAACGGUAUAUAUUUUUUAAAGUGAACAGAACUUAUAAGCAUUGUCCAAAGAUAGUACCCGGUUAAUCAAAAUAGAAAUAAUAUAAUCUUUGUCAAUAGUUCGAAAAAAAAACAGUUACAGAUGUUCUUUACGAAUAUUAAUCUCGUGUAUAUACUAUAUGUAUAUAUAAAGACAUUGUAAAUGCAUUUAUUUAGAUAUGCUUAUGCUUACAUAUGUAGAACUUUUUCUUUAAAACUGUAUGAAAUAAAACGAAUUUUGACAACAGUUGUGCGCACAUAGUCAGUAGAAACUACUUUGUACCAAGAGUAGUUUUCGCUAUUUAUUUUUUGAAAUUUUGAUUUCACGAGACUAAAGAACAAAAAUCUACUGCAAAACAUGUCAAUACAAUCUUGCAACCCGCAGCAACAAUGUCAUUUCGGGAAAUGUUCCAUUUCAAAAGGCCGGUCAUACACUACGUGCUUGUUCAUACGAGACAACUUUUGUUCCAGAAACAUGAAGCUCAUUGGAGGGAGGACGUCUUCAAAAGACGCAGAUAUGUUCGAAAAUCUGCAUAUGUACCUAUUUUUUGUGCGUAAUAUGCAUAAAGUGCUGAACACAUAGAGCGCGACACGUCAUGGCAACACGACAGUGAACUGUAAAUGGCGUCGUGAAUCCUGCUACAUGAACAUUUAUAAAAAGGCAGCGACAUAACAAUGGCCGGCAUGUACACAAGACAACACAGCUGUCCAGUUUGCAUAUGCACAAUUUCGUUGUACCUUGCACUUCAAUGAAAUUUUAAUAUUUUGUUCAAAGUGAAAUUUUUUAUGCAAAAAAUUAGUAAAUAGGUAAAUAUUAUUGUUUUAAAUUAUCAAUUGUUAUAACAAAUAUAUAACAGAGCUAUUUUAUUUGUAAAAUAACGUCAUGUUAGUAGCAUCACUCCUCUCUACUGUCGUUGCCAAAUAUAAGAAUAUUUUGAAGUUACCGAGAGCGACAACCGUCAGCCUGCAGUCGUGUAGUCGCUGUCUAAAUAACUGUGUCCUUAAGAACGUGUGUAUUUUAAUAUUUGACAGAUGUCGCUUGCAGUCUGUUGCGCUUAAUGUGUUCAGCACUUAAUAAUAGAAAUAUUAUAGAAAAUGGUGAAUUUGGAUAAUAAUUAGCUAAUGAAAAUUAAUUGUAUGUGUGAACGAAAUGAUCAACACCAAAAGAGAAGUUGCCCAUAUGAUGAGCAACAAAAGUUUAUUUGUAUGAAUAGAUUCUACGACCAUAUGCAGUUUUCUCAUUCAUUUUUUAGCAUUUCAGAACUUGAAUUCCACAAUUUUUAAGGGUAUUUAGAUUUUACUUUUUGAAGUUAUUUUGCUGAUACUCUUAUUUUUAAUACCUCGCAGUAGUAGCUAAAUUUUGGAUUUGACUGAAAUGUGUGAUAUUUUAUUCGGCAAAGGGAAAACAAGAAACAAAAGGCAACACUACGUUCGUCAAAAAUGGGUAAAAUUUACGCGAAUAGGUAGAAUAAAAAAGAACGAAGAGAGAGAUACGUUCGUUUAGAUACUUACCAAACUUGCACGUUUAGUAUGUUGCGGUUCGCUUACUUUGUUAGUUUAUAAAAUUUUCAGUGCUAAUGUAAAAAAGUGAAACUACAUAAUUGUUCUACGAGUUGAGCAAACGUCAUUUAAUAUCAGUACAAGGCAGAGCCGCUUAAAAAGAUAACUAUACAAAAAACUCGUGGUUGGACGUAAUAUAAAAACAUUUUCUUCAUUUGAAGAUUAAGAAAGAACGCUAGAAAACGUGAUUUGUGAGUGUGUAAUCUGAAUAUAGCUAAAUAAAUACGGAGGCGAUGUCCGAAACGGGGUCGCCGGGUAAAACUCAGAAAGGUGGACAGCAGCAGCGUCGCCAAUUGCGCGAACGUAAGCAACGGAAGCUGUAUCUCGAAGAAUGGGCACUCGGUGAUGAUGAUUUGGAGGGAACACGAGGGUUCAGCGUCUCAGAAAAAUUGGAAUCUUCUAAGUUUGCACAAACUGGUAUGGUUCGGGAGAUGCGUGGCAGUGAUUUGAGUGUGGCUUUUCUUCAACAAUAUGGCUUUAAUAUUCCAUUGUUGUUUCGUGAAAAGACUGGUUUAGGACUGCGGAUGCCCGACUCUAACGAAUUUACCAUAAACGACGUACGUCUGUGCGUUGGUUCCCGUCGUGUUUUGGACGUGAUGGAUGUGAACACUCAAAAGAACUUACAAAUGACAAUGAAAGAGUGGCAACAGUAUUAUGACAAUCCACAAAAGGAUAGACUCCUUAAUGUAAUUUCACUAGAAUUUUCUCAUACGCGUUUAGACAAUUAUGUACAAUGUCCAGAAAUUGUUCGUCAAAUCGAUUGGGUAGACGUUGUAUGGCCUAAACGUCUCAAGGACUCACAAAGAGAAGGUACCAAUGUGUUAGGGGAAAUGAUGUACCCAAAAGUACAAAAGUACUGUCUUAUGUCAGUGAAAAAUUGUUAUACGGAUUUUCAUAUUGACUUUGGUGGUACUUCGGUUUGGUAUCAUAUUUUAAAGGGUAGUAAAGUGUUUUGGCUGAUACCACCAACAGAAAAAAAUUUACAAUUAUAUGAGAAGUGGGUAUUAUCCGGAAAGCAGGCGGACGUUUUCUUUGGCGAUACAGUGGAAAAGUGUGCACGAGUAUACUUAACAGCUGGGAACACUUUCUUUAUACCCACUGGUUGGAUACAUGCUGUAUACACGCCAACAGACACACUGGUGUUUGGCGGAAACUUCUUACAUUCCUUUGGUAUAGUUAAGCAACUUAAGACCGCGCAGGUGGAAGAUGCUACUAAAGUACCGCAGAAAUUCCGAUAUCCUUUCUUCACCGAAAUGCUGUGGUAUGUCCUAGCACGAUACGUAUAUACACUACUGGGCCACUCGCAUUUGGAGGGUGAAUCUUCAGUAAGUGAGGAGGAAAUGUCUAAACGAGGACAUGUACAUCUCACACACUAUGAACUUUUUGGUCUAAAAGAGAUUGUCAUGUAUCUGUAUGAUUUGCCACCCCAAAAGAAAAAUGUACCCGAAUUGGUACGGGAUCCAGUGGCAUUGAUCAAAGAUGUGCGCACGUUGGUAGAGCGACAUUGCAAGGACAAGCCUGAGCUGGCCAUAACGGGUGAAUCUGUAUUGAAACCGCCUGGUCAGAUGCACCCUACGUUUCAGGUGUACGAUCGUACGGUUGUAAAACAGGAAAUCAAAGCGGAAAUCGCACGUAAAAAUGCUGAAAUCAUACGCGAACAACAGCAGUUAGAUGCAGCGAAUGCCGCAAAUGCCGCAGAAAGUAUACCACUCGAGCAUGAUAUACAAAAUAAAGAAGAUACAAAUUCAAAAACGAAUAUUGUUGCCAUAACAAAUGAGGCUGAUAAAGGUGGUGUCAUCGUAAAGGAAUAUAAAAAUGAGCCUAUAGAGAAUGGUGCCCAACAAACGGCUACAUUCAUUUCACCCACGGAUAGUCUUAAGUAUCGCCCUCCGAAGAAGAUGCACCUCGCAAAUGCUGUUGCUGCAGCAGCACAUCAGGCCAACAACACUGUCAGUGUUAUCGCAUCUUGCUCAAGUUAUAAUUCAGCUUCAACGGCAACAACGACCAUUUCAACUGGAACAACGGUUGCUGUAUCCAACCAAACACAAAACAAUUCACAUGCACAGCCACUUACACAUAACACAAAUGCCGUUAACACUACUGAAAACUCUUGUCUCUCGCCGAACGAUUCAAAGUUGUCCCCAAAUGUCACCGGUACUGGUCAACCGCGUCGACGGCGAACGCGCUGUAAAGUCUGCGCUGCUUGCCAGCGUUCCGACUGUGGGGAAUGCAGUUUCUGUUUGGAUAUGGUGAAAUUCGGUGGACCUGGACGCGCUAAGCAAACAUGUAUGAUGCGUCAGUGUCUCUCGCCCAUGUUACCGGUGACAGCACAGUGCUUCGUGUGUCAUUUGGACGGCUGGCGCCAAGUACCCGUGUCCCCGCAAACUAAGCAACUGGCUUCACUCGAGGGACCUUCGACGCUAAUGGAGUGUUCGGUCUGUUAUGAAAUUGCGCAUUCUGACUGCGCGAGGUCGUUAUUAGACGGCACCGAAGAUGCAGCAGACGCUAAAGGAGUAGUAAAUGAAGACCUACCAAAUAGUUGGGAAUGCCCAAGUUGUUGUCGAUCUGGAAAAAAUAAUGACUAUAAGCCUCGUCACUUCCGUGCCCGCCAAAAAUCUUCGGAGGUACGACGCACAUCAGUUGGUGGUUCAAAUAUCAUUACAGCCGGUCACGAUCACGACAGCAACCAGUUGCCACCGCCAAUUGGGCAAUACAAUGACUUCGUUUUCACAAGCGAAUCGGAAAUGGAAAGCUGCUCAGCCAAUGCUGUGCACUGGAAGCAUGUUGCGAAACGUCAUCACCAUCAAAUUGAAGUAAAGACAGAACGCCAUUAUGAUACCUCUUCGCCGGGUAUCUCGCCCCAUGCAGCCAGCGAUCGCAUUAAGAGACGUAAGAGUGACGAUGGCUUGAGCUUAUGUAGCAGCAUGCAAGACAGUAUUGAUGCGGGUGCUUCCAUGGAUUGCCAUGUGGGCGUUGGAAACGGUGGUAUUGUUAGCGGCAAUAAUGGUACACAAAUGUUGCGAAAGAAGAAUUCAAUACGAUCACAGUUGGCUCAACAAAUGCUCAACUCUUCAACGCGAGUUCUCAAAAAGCCACAUUAUGUAGUGCGACCAGCUGGACAUUUAUCAACAAGUGGUAGCGGCUUGUCGGGAAAUCACAUUGGAGGCGCAAAUCUAGCGCUCGAUCCAACAUUGUUGAAAAUUAUGUUUCGCUACCUGCCCCAAGAAACGCUAGUCACUUGCUCUUCGGUCUGUAAGGUGUGGUCCAAUGUGUCUGUGGAUCCUGAUCUCUGGAAGACAAUGAACUGUGCAGAGCACAAAUUAUCUGCUUCACUAUUGACAGCUAUCGUUCGCCGACAGCCAGAGCACUUAAUACUCGACUGGACACAGAUAGCCAAAAGACAAUUGGCUUGGGUGAUUGCACGCCUACCUGCUCUUAAACACUUGUCGCUACAAAAUUGUCCCAUUCAGGCAGUGCCAGCUCUACACACUUGCCUUUGCCCGCCAUUACAAAUAUUAGAUCUCAGCUUUGUGCGUGGUCUCAAUGAUGCCGCCAUACGCGAUAUACUGUCACCGCCCAAGGAUUCGCGACCUGGCCUGGCAGAUUCAAAAACGAGGUUACGUGAUCUUAAAACUCUCAAACUGGCCGGUACCGAUAUAACUGAUGUGGCAUUGCGCUAUAUAACGCAAGCAUUGCCGAAUCUGAUCCACCUCGAUCUUUCAUCAUGUCAGCGCAUAACUGAUGCCGGUGUGGCACAAAUUGGCACAUCGCCGACUGCCAUUGGUAAAUUGGUCGAAUUAAAUUUAAGCGCGUGUCGAUUGGUCUCCGAAUUUUCUUUGGAACACCUAGCUAAAUGCGAGCAAUUGAUUUGGUUGGACUUGCGACACGUGCCGUUGGUGCCAACGCAGGCAGUGAUAAAAUUUGCAGCCGAAUCUAAACACGAUCUCUGCGUGAAGGAUAUAAAAUUGGUGGAGAAACGGCGACCACAGAAAGCGACACAGGUGACAACGUCCUCAAGCUUAGGCGGAAUGGGUUCAGUGAGCAGUUGGAAUGACUAAAAAUAUUAAGUAGGAAUAGAACCAAAAACUUAGUUGGAUAGUUAAUAAUUGAAAUUAGAUUUCGAUGAAUUAUUGAAAUGCAUAAAAUUAUUAUAGAAGUGCAGUACAAAAAAAAAAAAAAUAUGUACGCAUGCAGCAAAGCUGGAACACAUUUAUUACUACGCUAUGCGUAUUUGUGUAGGUAUAAUGCAGAGCUAGCAGGAGCAUGUAUAAACUAAUCAGUACACUAUAAAUGAAAUAUUAAACUUAACUCACGAUUUUAAAGUGUUUGAAGAAAUCACGCAUUAAACCAGUUAUAGAACAUAACAAUAAUGGAAACACAACAUAAAUUUUAAAAUUGUAUAUAAUUUGCAAACGCAUUGUAAACACUUGUAAACUGUAUCUUUUGUUACCGAAUAUCUACAAUACCAUUCAAUAAUUUUCAGUAUUGACUGUCCUAGAUCGUAUUUAAAAAAUAAAGUUCAUUGUGAAUAUGAAGAAACCUAAUCUAA